UCUCAUUUCAGUCAACAACACCAUGGAGCGAACUUCUCUUCAGUGGCUGCUCUGGCUGACCACAGCGCUCUGCUGCAGGUGCUCUCCAGCUGGUCUGACGGUGAGUCCCAGCAGCUCCCAGCUGUUUGAAGAAGACUCUGUCUCUCUGAGCUGUGAGGAGGACGACAGCUCUGCUGGAUGGAGGCUGAGGAGGAACACCACCAGAGAAACCAGGACUCAGUGUGACGACUGGGGAAGAUCAGCUGGUUCUUCCUGUAACAUCAGCUUCGUCGUUUCAUGGGACAGUGGAGUUUACUGGUGUGAGUCCAGAGAGGGAGCAACCAGUAACAGCAUCAGCAUCACUGUCACUGGUGGAGCAGUGAUCCUGCAGAGUCCUGUCCUCCCUGUGAUGGAGGGACAUGAUGUCACUCUGCACUGUAAAACAAAGACCCCUCCCUCCAACCUCCCAGCUGCUUUCUAUAAAGAUGGCUCCCUCAUCACAGAGACUACAGGUCACAUGACCAUCCACCAUGUUGACAAGUCUGAUGAAGGCCUCUACAGCUGUGACAUCAGAGGUCAUGGAGAGUCUCCACGCAGCUGGAUCACUGUCACAGGUAAAUCUACAACCACACCGCCACCCACUAGCAAAGCCCCGCCCCCUGCCUCAGACCCCUUCCAGCUUGUGAUCCAACUGGUGCGCCACCUGGUGGUGGUCUGCCCGUACGUCAUCUCCACUGUCGUCAUGGUGUCUUUAUAUCGCCAAAGAGCCACAGGAAGUGACCCGUCCGUCUCAGUGGCCACACCCACAACUGACCAAGCCCAGAGGGAUUUGGCUGAUGAGUAUGAUGUCAUCGUAGAGGACCCCACCCUCUGAGCAGCUCUGUUCGUUCACACAGGAAGUGGAUCCAUGUCAAACAGCCUGUUUCAGUUGAAUGUGUCAAAAUAAAACGUCCUGACGGAGCUGGUUUAAAAUAAAACGUGUCCAGACUUCAGACAGACUGAGUCUGAAUUCAUUCAUUCACAGAUCAGUUCAGUUCUAGUAAAUUCAGACUUUUUUCAAAAUAAAACAAAAUGGCCGACGGAGGAACUGCAUCCGACCACUGAACUCAAACCACAAACUAUGAGCCAUUGUGUCCUGUUGUUUGUUGUUGAGUGCAAUGGUCAGCCAGGUGUCAUUGAUUGUUACCAUGGUAACACCGGUCUUAGACCGGAGUCAGUCUGGAGGUAAGGCGUCUGAUGUUUUAGUCUUAAAAUGAGUCAGUUUGUAUUUUAGUUACUAAAAUCAGACUGAUCUGGACCAACACCAGUCUGACCAGUCUGACCAGUCUGACCAGUCUGUAUGGAACCAGCUCCAGGUCUCAGUCUGACAGGAAAACAACAGGAAGCUUUAUGAUCCAUGUGUUUCUCUGCACAUGUCAUUUGAUUGAUUUAAUUACUGAUUGAUUGAUUGAUUUAAUUUGAGCGUGUCUCAGCUGUUUAUUUACAGCUUCACUGGUUCAUGUAGAAACUAUUCUGGGAAAUAAGUUUAUUCACGUUUCCUCAACUGUAAACAACAAGACAAAACAUCAUCAGUGCCAAGC